AUGGCCCCGGCGGCGGCGGCACCUCGCGGCCCGGCGCGGAGGGAGGCGGACACCAACUGUCACGGCGGCGGCGGCGGCGGCCGGCGGCGCGCGCGCGCGAUGCCCGGGCUGCGCCCCGCCCCCCACACCGGACACGUCCCCGGCCGCCAUAGGGCACGCGCCGCACGUGGGCCCUGGACCAUUGGUCAAACGCGCUGUCACUCAGCGCCCGCCCGCCCCCCCUUCCGCUGCCCGAGGGGCCGGUUGAUAUUGAGCGCGGCUCCGCCGGCCGAGCCCCGCGGAGAGGGGCGGGGCCGGUUCCCGUGGCGGGGGGAGGGGGAAGCGUGGCCCAGUCUGGGCCGGGCCUGUCCUGUCCCGUCCCGGGGGCCGGGGUCUGUUCCGGGGCCUGUCCCGGGGCGGGGGCCGGGGGGACGCGGGGCCUGUGUCCCGGGGGCCGGGGUCUGUUCCGGGGCCUGUCGCGGGGCGGGGGCCGGGGGGACGCGGGGCCUGUCCCGGGGCGGGGGCCGGGGGGGCGCGGGGCCUGUCCCGGGGGCGCGGGGGCCGGGGCCGAGCGGCAGCUGGCCGGGGACGCAGCCGUGUCGGUGUCGCUGGCUGCUCCGGGCAGAGCCUCCAGCGGUCCCUGGGGACGGGCUGAGCGCCCCCCUCCCCGAUUGUGGGCAGCCCGGGCCGCCGCCCCCUGCCCUGUCCCCGUGUCUGGAAAGGGACGCGAGCGCCGGGCUGGGCCUGCGGACGGCCCCCGGCCCGUGUCGGGCCAGCCGCCCCGGAGUCUCCGCCGGCCCCGGGGCCGCAGCGCGGAGCUGCGGUUGCCCAAGACCGGUGCGGCGCCGGGGGCCGCUGAUCAGUGUGUGUAACCGGGGUCGACGAGCCCCGCGUCCGCUGCUCUGCGAGCCCAGCCGGGCCUGCAGCCCCGAGGCCGCUGGCACCCCGCACACCCUGCCCAGCCUGGGCGCCGGGGCGGGGUCUUUGUGUCCUCCGCAGCCUCUAGUGGGGUGGCCUAGAGAGAUGCACCCAGCACACCUACUGAAUGUCUGACGGUGAUCAAGAUGACAAGAUGAGGACUACAGAAGAUAUGUGCACUCCACAGCCUCCGACUGUGAACACAGGGCUUUGAGGGGCCAUAUGAUUGUGACCAUGGACAAGGAUCAAGAACGAGGAACACAGGACUUGGAAAGGAAAAAGGACUGAGAUGCAGACUGGGAAAUAAGCCAGGACAUCAUGGGUUUGCUCAGGCCACAAACUCAGAUGUUGCAGAGAAUUACUGACCUACACGCCCAAGGACCCCAGACUCAGCAGCCUUUCCAAUCAUUGGAGAACUCCAUAGUCGAUGCUCCCUACACCCCUCAAUAUCCCCACCCUACUACUCCAUACCAGGGGAGAAGGAGAACUAGAGCUACUCAUACCAACUGGUGAAAACCACAGGCAGGUGCAUGUGUAGCCCCGGCUACUCCAUUGUAAUGGGUUUUACAUAGAUGAGGAGGUGUUCACUGUUUAAAACCCCAAGCAAAAAUGGAAGUGAAGUAUGGUUCACCCUGUUACAGUGUUAGUAAAAUGUUUUUAACCUUGA